AGGGGGCGACUUCUAGUGGUUGGUUUUGCAAGAACUGCUUUCUGUCGCGGAGUAGACGGCCUUAUGAAUUCCUGGGUGAAGUGGCAAUGAGGACUGAUGCAGGUGUUGCGCGCCAUUAAUUAAACGCGACGAGACUCCCGCCUUAGUGACCCGGCUUGCUCACGACUUGUGUUACACUAAAUGUCCAACGUUUUGGCUCGCUGUAAGUAACAGCACGUUUGAUGAGUUUAUCUACUUGCGACUUAGACGCUCAAGUCCCACGCACCUUUUUUAUGUAUUUUAUUUUUUUCCCCAUCUGUAAAGUAUAAUUUGGUUAGGCUUAUGGUAGUAUGCUCAUGUAGUCACAUCAAGCCAUGUCAGGAUGUCUUCUGAACUCCGAAAUUUAUUUUUUCUAUUUACGAUUGCGUUGGACAGUAAAUAGACAGUAAAUAUUGAGCUCAAUGUAGCUUUCAAAUAGAGCCUUGCAUAUCAACUUAGUUGUAUGUUUUUGCUUAAAAUGUUUCAGUUGAAGCAAAGUUCAGCUGAAAGUGUUGUUAGUGUUAACAGAAUGUUUUGAACCACAUCAAGAUCAAUUUAGAGAUGUUGAAGUUUAUAGUUUUGUUUCCAUCGCGAUACAGUUGUCAACAGUAGCCCAUUAUUUUUUUUUUUCCUCCAAAAAUGGGUGAAAAUUGAUUUAUUCUCUCAUAUAGAAUUGGAGGAAAAAUAGAAUCAAACCAGAAAACCUUUAUAUUUUUAAUGUAUAACUUAAUUUUGCCAUCACAAGUGUGAGUAGUUGUUUUAUUUGUCCUUUUGAUUAAAACCAAUGUAAUAUGUUUGUGUCAUCAAAGAUUCAACUUGACUGUUUUGUACAUGUGGCUGUUAAAUGGAUGCUUCCUUCUUCUUGAACUAGAAGUCGCUAAUGAUGAACAGCAGCGGACCGACCUAUCCCCUCGCCUCUUUGUAUGUCGGGGACCUGCAUCCAGAUGUUACAGAGGCCAUGCUAUACCAGAAGUUUUCUCCUGCUGGCCCAAUCAUGUCAAUCCGUGUGUGUCGUGAUAUUAUAACCCGGAGAUCCUUGGGAUAUGCUUAUAUAAACUUCCAGCAACCAGCGGAUGCUGAGUGUGCUUUGGAUACAAUGAACUACGAUGUUCUCAAGGGACGCCCAAUCCGAAUAAUGUGGUCUCAACGUGACCCAGGCCUCAGGAAGUCAGGCGUGGGCAACAUCUUUAUCAAGAACAUGGAUGAUUCUAUUGACAACAAGGCAUUAUAUGAUACCUUCUCAGCCUUUGGCAAUAUUUUGUCUUGCAAGGUCGUUUGUGAUGAGAGAGGCUCAAAAGGGUACGGCUUUGUUCACUUUGAGACUCAGGAAGCUGCAAACCGCGCCAUUAAUACCAUGAACGGAAUGCUGCUGAAUGACAGAAAAGUUUUUGUUGGCCACUUCAAGUCCCGCAAGGAUCGAGAGCAGGAGUUCGGCACCAAAGCUAUGAAAUUCACCAAUGUCUACAUUAAAAAUUUUGGUGAAGACUACACUGAUGACAAUCUAAAAGAUGUUUUUUCUGCAUUUGGGAAGACUCUUAGUGUGCGUGUGAUGAAGGACGAGCGAGGUCAUUCGCGUGGAUUUGGCUUUGUAAACUAUGCCAACCACGAGGAUGCGCAAAAGGCAGUCGAUGAGAUGAAUGGUAAGGAACUCAACGGGAAGUUCCUCUACGUCGGGCGGGCUCAGAAGCGGCUGGAGCGUCAGGGAGAGCUUAAGCGCAGGUUUGACCAGAUCAAACAGGACCGAAUCCAGCGUUAUCAGGGUGUCAAUCUGUAUGUGAAGAACUUGGACGAUAGCAUAGAUGAUGAGCGACUCCGGAAGGAGUUUUCCCCCUAUGGCACCAUAACAAGUGCUAAGGUCAUGACUGAUGGGUCCCAAAGCAAAGGCUUUGGCUUUGUCUGCUUUUCUUCACCUGAGGAAGCAACAAAAGCAGUUACUGAGAUGAAUGGAAGAAUUAUUGCAACUAAGCCCCUGUAUGUGGCACUUGCCCAGCGACGGGAGGAGCGUAAAGCGAUCCUCACUAACAAGUACAUGCAGAGACUGGCCACCCUGAGGAGCAUGACCAGUCCCAUCAUUGACUCGUACCAUCAGACUGGCUACUACAUGACUGUGCCACAGGCUUCCACACACACCUUCUAUGAGCACAAUGCCAUCAGCAACAUGAGAUCAGUGCCUCGUUGGGCAGGACAGUCACCGAGAGUGCAGGGUCCAUACUCAACCCAAUAUGUUGGCGGGUCUGCCCCUCGCCGUGGCUCCACUCCCAUCGCCACAGUGAGACAAGCUUCCACUCAGGCUCCACGUAUCGCCAGUUCCACACAAAAGACAAAUAACAUCGGAACCCAGACUGCAGGUGGGCGAGCUGACCUGUCCGGUGUGUCCAGGAGUCAUUUUAAGUACUCGUCGGCAGUGCGAAACCCACAGCAGGUCAUGCCUGUACCCAUGACUAGACUCCAGCUGGUUGCCUGUUGAAAAGAUUUAAGAUUUUCUUAGGUUGUUCCUGCCCCUGUGAUGGAGCAGCCAGUGCAUGCUCAAAGCAUUGAACCACUCACCGCUUCAAUGUUGGCUGGAGCACCACUUGUGGAC